AUGGGCAUCAUUCGCUCCCGACAAGAAGACACCCGAACGGCUCAGAUGAUGGCUCUGAUCUUUCCGGAGCUGGAUUCCAAGUUUGCCCAAUUCCCCAUGAAACGGGGAAAUUGGUUGUAUCCCAUAGAAACUGAAAGUGAUGAGCAAGGAUGUCCUGCCUUUAUUCCCUUGGACAAAAUGACAGAGAUGAAGGAACACUACGUUUAUGGGUCAGCAACCCACAAACAUUUGGGAACCAGGCAAGGAUACUAUCAUGUCCUCACCAAAGAAGCUCAUAUGAUCCUCCACCAUCGUAUGCAAGGACCACUGCAACUCCAGUAUCUGUGUGCCAUCGAUGGCCACAAGAGAGAAGCUUGGUCCAGAACACAAAAAAUACUCAAAUUUAGAUCUCUCUGCGGACUGGCGGAUGAUGACCACUGUUUGUUUACUGGAAAUAGGGUACAAACCAUCCAAGGCAAAUCUGCUCUGGCCGCGUUGCUGGGGGCCUCUGGUAUGUCAAGAUAUGCAUAG